AUGGGAGGCUGCACAUCCGUGGACGCGACUUUCUUCCGGCAGCAAUACAGGCGCAGCAAACGAUGCCUCCCCUCCACCGGCCGCAGCUUCGGCAGCCGGAGAUCCAAGUUCUUCAAGGUCCGAGUCUCCCAGAAGACAUCCACCGUGGUGAAAGAUCCCUGCCGGGGGGACAUCUUCAAGCGCUACCACUUCGAGAAGGAGCUGGGGCGAGGAGAGUUCGGCGUGACGUACCGCUGCCACGACAGGAUCACUGGCGAGAGGGUGGCCUGCAAGCGGAUAUCGAAGAGCAAGCUGAAGACGGAGACGGACGUGGAGGACGUGAGGAGGGAGGUGGACAUCAUGAGGCAUUUGCCAGAGCACCCCAACAUCGUGCAGCUCAAGGAGGCCUACGAGGACAAUGAGGCGGUUUACCUCGUCAUGGAGCUCUGCCAUGGCGGCGAGCUCUUUGAUCGGAUUGUUGCCAGAGGCCAUUACACGGAGAGAGGAGCCGCUAUUGUCACCAAAACCAUCCUCCAGGCCAUCCAGGUUUGCCAUAAACACGGCGUCCUGCACAGAGACCUAAAACCCGAAAACUUCUUAUAUGCAAACGAGCAUGAGAAUGCUCCAUUGAAGGCCAUCGAUUUUGGGCUCUCAGUGUUCUAUCACCCCGGUCAGCGAUUCAAUGAAAUCGUAGGCAGCCCAUAUUACAUGGCCCCUGAGGUCCUGAGACGCGAUUAUGGCCCCCAAGUAGAUACGUGGAGUGCAGGUGUGAUACUGUACAUCUUACUCUGUGGAGUUCCUCCCUUCCUCGGAGAAACUGAUCAGGGAACUGCAGAGGCAAUUAUUAGAGGAAAAAUCAACUUUCAUAGGGACCCCUGGCCAAGAGUUUCUGAAGAUGCCAAGGAACUUGUGAAGGCUAUGCUUGACCCCAAUCCUUACAGUCGAAUGACUGUUGAAGAAGCUAUGGAACAUCGUUGGAUACACAAUGCCCACCAAGUCCCCAACAUUCCCUUGGGAGAGAAUGUUAGAACAAGAAUUAAGCAAUUCUCAUUGAUGAAUAAGUUCAAGAAGAAAGUCCUUAGGGUAGUAGCAGACAACUUACCAUAUGAAAAGGUGGCUGCUAUUAAGGAAAUGUUCCAUACUAUGGACACUAACAAAGAUGGAGUCUUGACAUUUCAAGAGCUCAAAGCUGGCCUCCAUAAGAUUGGCCAUCAGAUUGCUGAUAAUGAUGUGCAGAUGCUAAUAGAUGCUGCUGAUGUUGAUGGAAAUGGGGUGCUUAAUUGCGAGGAGUUUGUGACAAUGUCUGUGCACCUCAAGAGAAUAGGCAACGACGAUGAGCUACUGCGACAAGCCUUCAGAUACUUCGACAAGAACGACAAUGGCUAUAUCGAGUUCGACGAGCUCCGCCAAGACUUGUUGGACGAUGACCUCGACUCCAACAACAAUAACAACAGCCCUGACCAACUUGUUCGCGACAUCAUCCUCGAUGUCGACUUGGAUAAGGAUGGGAGGAUCAGUUACAAAGAGUUCGAGGCCAUGAUGACAGCCGGGGUGGAAUGGAGGAUGGGGUCUCGCCGGUACUCCAAAGCAAAGCUAAAUGCUGUGAGCCAGAAAUUGUUCAAAGACAAAGCUUACUAG